AUGGAGCUCCGUCUGCUGUGUGGACUGGUGCUGCUGGCUGGUGUGAGUCCCAGCCAGGGAGGGAUUCUGGACCUGAACAAAAUGGUCAGGCAGAUGACCGGGAAGAUACCCUUCCUCUCCUACUGGCCCUAUGGCUGUUACUGUGGCCUCCGUGGCAGAGGCCAGCCCAAGGACGCCACAGACUGGUGCUGCCAGGUCCAUGACUGCUGCUACUCCAAGCUGAAGAAGACCCAUGGUUGCCGUACACUCAAGGACCAUUACAAAUACAACAUCUCCCAGGGAAUCAUUCAGUGCUCUGACGAGGGGAGCCUGUGCGAGCAGAAGCUGUGUGCCUGUGACAAGGAGGUGGCCCUCUGCCUGAAGCGCAACCUAGACACCUACCAGAAACACCUGCGUUAUUACCGGCACCAGCAGUGCACCGGCAAGACCCCCGAGUGUUAGAAAAAGCCUCCCCCUAUAUCCCCUUCUGGAAUGUCCAGACCUCCCUCCCCCAUAGCCAAUCCCUGCAAGAACUGGCACACCCCCUAGAGGAAUGGG